AUGGCCGACCUUCCAAAGGAUAGAGUAGAGCCUUCCCCACCGUUUACAUUUUGUGGCAUGGACUGCUUCGGACCAUUCACCGUCAGGGAAGGCAGGAAGGAGAUCAAGAAGUAUGGAGUCAUAUUCACAUGCAUGUCCUCACGUGCUGUACACAUUGAAAUGGUGGACGACAUGACCACCGAUUGCUUCAUCAAUUCACUUCGAUGCUUCAUUGCCUUGAGAGGUCCUGUACAGCAGUUGCGUUCUGACCAGGGAUCCAAUUUUGUCGGAGCUAAGAACGAAUUUCGAGAGGCAUUGAAGGAACUGGAUAUGGAGAGAGUUCAAGGCUUCUUGGCAAAGCGGCAAUGUCAAUUUGUCAUGAACGCUCCACACUCAAGUCAUGUUGGUGGCGUGUGGGAGCGUCAAAUCAAGACGGUCAGAAGCGUUCUCUCAUCCAUAAUCCAGCAGUCUCCAGGUAGACUUGACGCUGCAACCUUGCGUACAUUUCUCUACGAAGCCAUGGCUAUUGUGAACAGUCGUCCACUCACAACAGUUAAUCUUCACGAUCCACUCAGCCCUGAACCACUUACACCUAAUCACCUUCUCACCAUGAAGUCUACAGCAGCCUUACCACCUCCUGGAAAAUUCGUGAAGGAAGACCUGUACAUCAGGAAACGCUGGAGGAGGGUUCAGUAUCUGGCUGAACAGUUUUGGGGAAGAUGGAGGAAGGAAUACCUCUCUUCUCUCACUUCACGUCAAAAGUGGCACACACCAAGACGAAACAUCAAGGUGGGAGAUGUGGUGCUGCUGAAAGACGAAGAGGCCCCUCGAAUGGAAUGGCCAUUGGCUAUUGUGAUCGAAACCAUAGAAAAUGAUGACGGCCUUGUCAGGAGAGCCAGAGUAAGGGUUGGCACUAAGCAUCUGGACAAAGAAGGGAGACGAACAGGCAAACCGUCCAUUCUUGAGCGACCAAUCCAGAAGCUAAUUCUCCUUCUUGAGACGAAGUAG